GUCCAGGCACCGCCUUAGGGCAGCAGUAGCUGAGGCCAAGUCUCCGACUUGCGCUAAGUGGGCGCGCCUCAGUGUGACAGCCACCAGCUUAUUUAUUGCUGCCCGCAGGAGCUUUGAACGCAGACCGAGGAGCAAAGGUAGUAUUGAGGAGGCGCUACGAUUGGUUCGCAGACCUGCAAGCUGCUGAGCUCCGAUUGGCUGUUGGGGUUCCUUUGUUCCUUUCCCUGCUGCCGCAGGAGAGCGGAAGUUUGACUGUACUCCGCAGCAGCUGGAGCUGCAAAGGGGUGAUUGCUAGCUAGCAGAGCAACCUCCUCCCUAAACUCGUUUCCUUUCUAACCACAUCCGAUUGUCACCGGGGGUGGAGAAGGAGGAAGAAGAACAUUUGUUCUCUGAUUUCCUCCUUGGAUCGCGCGUGUCUGGCGGGAAUUGAACAUGGAUUUGGAGAGCAAAGUCAAGAAGAUGGGCUUGGGGCACGAAGAAGGAUUUGGAGCACCAUGCUUAAAAUGCAAAGAUAAAUGUGAAGGAUUUGAGCUGCAUUUCUGGAGAAAAAUAUGCCGAAAUUGCAAGUGUGGCCAAGAGGAACAUGACGUUGCCACGAGUAAUGAGGACGAUCGUAAAGUGGGCAAGCUUUUUGAGGAUACAAAAUAUACAACUCUCAUUGCAAAACUGAAAUCGGAUGGGAUCCCUAUGUACAAGCGCAAUGUAAUGAUACUGACUAAUCCAGUGGCGGCCAAGAAGAAUGUGUCCAUUAAUACUGUGACUUACGAAUGGGCACCUCCUGUUCAAAAUCAAACGCUGGCAAGACACUAUAUGCAGAUGCUUCCGAAAGAGAAACAGCCUGUGGCUGGCUCAGAAGGCGCUCAGUACAGAAAGAAGCAGUUGGCAAAGCAGCUGCCUGCUCAUGAUCAGGAUCCUUCCAAAUGCCACGAGCUGACUCCUAAUGAGGUGAAGCAGAUGGAGCAAUUUGUGAAGAAAUACAAGAACGAGGCACUCGGUGUGGGAGAUGUCAAGCUUCCCAGCGAAGUGGAAGUGAAAGCUGGUGAGAAGAGUGUCCCAAGCAAUGAAGAGAGGGGCACUUCGGCCCCAGUGGGAGCCAUGGAAGAGAAGCUGGCUGGUCAAAAAGGAUCCCAGUAUUCCUGUUUCCGAUGCAAGCUGAACAUGAAAGAAGGAGAUCCAGCUGUCUAUGCCGAGCGUGCUGGGUAUGACAAACUCUGGCAUCCUGCUUGUUUUGUCUGUUGCACCUGCAGCGAGCUCCUAGUAGACAUGAUCUACUUCUGGAAGAAUGGAAAGCUUUACUGUGGAAGGCACUACUGUGACAGUGAGAAACCCCGCUGUGCUGGAUGUGAUGAGCUUAUAUUCAGCAAUGAGUACACCCAAGCAGAGGGUCAAAGCUGGCAUCUGAAGCACUUCUGCUGCUUUGACUGUGACUGCGUGUUGGCUGGGGAGAUCUACGUCAUGGUAAAUGAAAAGCCUGUCUGCAAACCGUGCUAUGUGAAGAACCAUGCUGUGGUCUGCCAAGGUUGCCACAAUGCUAUUGACCCAGAAGUUCAACGUGUGAGCUACAACAACUUCAACUGGCAUGCUUCAACAGAGUGCUUUCUGUGUUCCUGUUGCAGCAAGUGUCUCAUUGGCCAGAAGUUUAUGCCAGUAGAAGGGAUGGUCUUCUGUUCAGUAGAAUGUAAGAAAAAGAUGAUGUCCUAAUUGGAAGGAGACCCAGAUGAAACAGAGCUUCUUUCAAAGUCCUCUGCUUUUCUACUGUAAAGAUAUGGUGUUCGCCAAUUUUUAACACAAUUGAAAGUAUUAAAUGGCAAAUUCCAAAGAUUUUUUUUUACUUUACUAACUUGAUUGCUUGUUGUUUUUAGUACUACUUCAAUUACUUGUUGCAAAACCUUUUUCAAGUGUAGGAGGCUCGAUAUUCAUCAUGUAUUUUGAAGACUCCAUGAACCUUACAAUCUUUAUUUUCAUGGUACAAAUUAGAAUAAAAUAUUAGCUGGGUACAAUUUAGCCUCAAAUACAGGGCAAAGCAUACUGUUGACAGCCCUACAUUAUAUAUGUCUUACUGAACUGUACCACUUCAAAUUGGAGCAAGGGUUAAUUCAGUGCUCCCAUUAAAAAUCUCCCUACAUCUUAAAAACUAGCAUGUCAGGAAGUAUGCUGACCUGGAACCUUCUCACUUAGUGCUAUUUUUCUACAUGUGGAGAGUUUGGUGUUGUUGUUUUUUUAAGGUGUGAAUUGGCACUCUAUUUGAAUCUCCAACUGCUAUCUGAACAGAACAAUAUGAACCUAAGGUUCAUUGUAUCAGCCCAUUGCUUAUGAACAGUGAUGAUUUAUAAUGAGGUGGAAGCCUUUUUACUUUCAUCGAGCACUUGGGCAAAAAGUCCUAAAGGCGGUGGUUCAGCCUUUGAUAUUUGCCUACAAGCACUUUCGGUCUUCAUUAGACUGUAUACAAAGCUAAAAAAAAAAUCUGAAUUUGUGUUUGGAGUGGGACUAGCUGCUUAUUAAAUGUAAGUUAUGUCAGAAUCCAAAAACCUCUUUCUGUCUGGCUUCUCCCAGUAAGGUUGUUGCUUAGUGAGGUCAGUCAGCUGACCCCUCAGCUGAGUUAUUGUCAGUUGUCCACAAUAAUAGGCAAUGGGGAAUGUUUUUAUUUGCAAAUACCCCUUCAUACGAAUGAUUUUAAUACAGGUGAGCAGUAUCCAAGAGGCUGGCAGAUGGUUUCCACUCCCUGUAAAUAAUCACUUCCUGCACAGUUUUUGAAAUGGGUGUCAUAUUGUGAGCAUGGGGCCCUUCUCUUUAUCUCCCUCAAGAGCCUCAGUAUGGAGGGGGUUUGUUUCCACCCUGGUGGUAGUUAUCGAGGACAGCUUGUUCAUAUGCUCCUCACCUGAGCCAAAGUGGUGCUUUCCCCACAUCUCUUCUCUCCUCCUUUGCUCCCUAAAUAGCACUGUGCAUCCCCAGCAAUCUCGUAUGAGAUUUCCAGCUUCCCCCAUGGCUGUGUCCUGAUCCCUUGAAAGCUCUUGUGGACUUGCUAUUUCUUGGCUCUCCUACCUUGCCUCUCGGCAAGCUGCAAGAAGGCCUAACCCCCCACCAUCAUUGUGUUGCACACUAGAAGUGGACUCCGUAGUCAAGUGCUCCAUCCUCCUGGCAGAUUUGAGCCUGACCAAUAGGGUUUUGCAAUUCAGCCCCUACUUCCUGCUUCAUGGAAUGUGGGUUGCAUUGUUUGGAAUGCAGUAAGACUUGGAAGUCUUACUUGGCCUACUUGCCUCCCAUUCAGAUGCAACCAGGGCAGACCCUGCUUAGCUAUGGGGACAAGUCAUGCUUGCUACCACAUCUUGCCAUAGAAUCAGCUGUAAAAUAAAUACAAAAAAAUUGCUAAAACUGUUACAAAUUAUAUCUGGCAUAGAUAUCUCUGCUGUCAGAAAUUGUGUUGUGUUCUGGAGGGUGCAAAUUAAUUUCAGCACUAGUUUUUCUUAAUAUACUCCCAAAUCAGCACACUGCUGGGGUUUUAGAGGUCUGGCAAUAUAUUGAGUAACUGAGGAAGUAGAAUAGUGGCAUGCUGGUACUUUAACCAUGAAUGUAAGAAGGUACAUGGCAAAUGAAUGCAAAAGCUGUUGGCUUUGUAAACUAUGCAAACUUUCAGUUCCACUCUUCUGAGACUAAAAGGUCCUGUAUACCUAUAUUACUAUUAAUCCUCUCAAAUAAAACUUUUGAAAACCA